AUGUCUAAGAAAUAUUGCUGUGUGCCCGGAUGUGCAGGCAGUGAAAGACCAUCAACAAUACCGAAGUUUACUUUUAGUGCACACAGUUGUAUGAAGGAUGUUCACAAUAUUGAGAAACAUAAUAAACCUUCAACAUCUAAAGCUUCUUGUGGACUCUUUGGUAUGGAUAUUGAUGAUGAAGCCAUGGAGAUGGUGCAAAGUACGGCUUCAAUCUCUGAAAAGUCUGUUAGUAAAGAAAAUAUGAGGCACUAUGAUGAUGCACAGAUGGAAAUUUCAGACUUAUUCUUUGAAAGGCCUUGUUCAUCAACAGAUUGUUCUCUAUUUCCAUAAAUAUAAAAGUACUCUUUGUCACAUACGAAUGUACUCUUUGCCAAUCACGUUCUACGAAGAAAUUUUUUGUUAGGAAGUUAGUCGUCUGAUACCUACUAAGUUUGUGGUCUGCGCUGGAUUGUGCUGACCCCGCGCCGCCUUUUUGCCAACGACGCCGAAGCGGGCGCCUACAACGUCGACAUCGCUGUGCAGUGUUCGACACCUAUAUUGCCCGCCGGUAUCAUCGGAGCCUUUGCAUCUGAAGCAACGUCGUGCUGGACAUCUACCAAAGCUGCAUGCUGCCGACGUGAUUUAAUGCCGAGGUCGCCGCCGCCGCCAUGA